UUGAGGCUCUCUCCAGAAAAAAAAAACAUCAUGUGUAUUUUUUUCUUCUGGAGAAAACCUCACUGUAUCGAUCUUCAUUAUAGCAGAUGCUCUUGACGUCAAGCUUUUGUGCAGGUUAAUAUGGAGAGCAUUUCCAUGAUAGGACAAGGUACAAACAAGCGAUGUUUCUCGCAGGGGGUUGUUAUUGAAUCCUGAGUCCUGUUGUUAAAGAAGGACAUAAAUAGAGGAGUAGACAACCGGACUCUUCACAUUUGUUUAGUUCUUCCCAUCAAAAACGAUUCUUGAUCCGACAAAAAUGAUAUCAAGAGUGUGGAUUUUAUGGACGUGCACAGUUUUGUUAUUUUUACUGGUGACUGAGACUCAUUGCAUUCAAAAGAGCUCGUUAUCUAAAAACUGGGGACCACAGUCUAUGCUUUACUUAAAAGGAAAACAUGGAAGGCGGUUUGUGCCUGACACUGGUGAUAAUAUCAUUUCCAAUUCAGGGUUGAAAAGCUGGUACGCAGUUCUCAAAGGGUUGCAGAAGCUGAAGUCGCCGAAUGCAAGAAAACUGUCAGUUUUUUUCACACCCCAGAAUUUUGUCAUCCGUUAGUUCGAGGGUUUAUGUACAGUGACAUAUUUUGUAACG